AUGAAGAAGCAUGGUAGCUACAAAAAGAAAACAAGCGCGUCUUCAGCAUCUUCUGUAACAAACACUCCUAUACCUCAUAAAAAACCUUUUAUUGCUACACAAGACACUACUCUGUUUAAAGGAUAUGACCUUCCUUUGUUGAGAGGCCAAGGACAAGAUAGUGUUUUUAUUGAAACAACACACAUUCAAGAUAGAGAUAAACUUAAAGAGUACUUAAACUCUUUCAAUACAGAGGAAAAUAUUGUUUAUUGCGGAAGACAACCUGAGGAAAGGACACAUGAGUCAAGAACGUUCUUGGAGACAUCGUGGGAUACUCAGAGCAAUACUUAUCAACAAUUAAUUACGAAUGGACUCAGAAUGGACACGAAAACACUUUUGAAAGGAUACAAAAGCUUGCCUACCAAUCUUCAUAUUGUACGUAUCAGAAUAGAGCAACUACCUUUGAUACAUCCCAAGCUACUGUUAGAGCAACUUAAACAACGCUUGGCUUCUUUUGGUGAAGUACUUCAGCUGGGUCUUUUGAAGGAAGGUCAAUGUUUCGUUGGUAAAGGAUAUGCCUAUCUUAAUUUAGACAUAGAUCCUGAGCCUGAUGAAGCUUUGAGACCUAUUGUUAACUGGAUUGGUGACAGAAGAAGAAUUGUCUUAACCUGA